AAUACCAAGAAGACCAAUGUACAGGCCCAUUCACCGAUCCGGGUCGUGUACGCCAACGACGGCGGUGUGAUGGUGUACUGCGGAGUGAUGACCCAUGGGGUGGCGAAGAAGGAGCACAAUGUCGGCGGGCAAGAGUCGUGGAUUGGAGACAAAGGGUUCAAAAUUUGUCUUAGGCCUGAGGUCCGCGGCGAUGGUGGUUGAGCGAGGAUUGGGCAUGGUAUGCGUACUAUCUGUGGCGUGGCGGUUCUGGUACCAGGUCAAGGUAGCAGUGCUUGGAAAAAGAGGUGUAUGGGUGCAGAUCCGGGGGGCUUUCGUAUCGACUUCUGUUGUGUAAGUUUUGAAUAUAUGUAGCAAUCUCCACUCGUCAUAUAGUUGUGGCUGCUUACCUAAAUCACUGGCAUACAAGGCUC